AUCGCACUCAAUAUUCACAACUAGAAGGAAAAGCAAGACUCUCCUGACUCUCUGGACUUCAAGGAUAUCAUUAUGUUGUAUUGGAUGAGUUUAAACUAGACAAGACUUCUUUCUUAAACACUUCGAGAAAGUGAGCGUGCCUGAGGGGAGAGGAACACAAGAGAGGAGAGACAAUUGAACAUCACCAUUGGCCGAGACCUGAAAAAAUGGUGCUGGAUGAGCAGAGGAUUAGAACUUAAUUGUAAAAGGGAAGGGAAGUCUUGACAGGAGAUUUGCUUCAUUUUCACAUUCAUCAUGGCACAAAUCCUCUGGCUGGCUGGUUGAUGGGACUGUCCAACACUUCUGCUUAGGUUCAGUGCAGAUCCCUGCUGCUUACACAUCGAAAGACCUGGGAACCGGUGGGAACUGGAUGGUGGCAGAUACAGAAAUGGAAAGAGAAAUGGACUCUGACGAGCUAAGAUGGAAGUGACUUGACAGCAACAAGCUCAGCAGUUGUCUCCAGUAAGGACAGGUUGAGACGGGAAUCUCAAGCUUCUCUGGAAGAGCAGUAUGCAGGAAGCUGGUUUUCAGGCCACAAAUGCUUUCACAGAGUGCAAAUUCACCUGCGCCAGUGGUAAAUGCUUGUAUCUUGGUUCACUGAUUUGUAACCAACAGAAUGACUGUGGGGAUAACAGUGAUGAAGAGAACUGCCUGCUUGUAACAGAGCAUCCACCUCCAGGCAUCUUUAGCUCUGAACUGGAGUUUGUUCAAAUCAUCAUUAUAAUCGUGGUUAUAACUGUUAUGGUGGUAGUGAUCAUCUGCUUGUUGAACCAUUACAAACUCUCGACACGCUCCUUUAUCAACCGACAGAGCCAAAGCAGAAGACAGGAGGAAACUCUGCAGACGGAGGGGUGCUUGUGGCCUUCAGAAAGCUCGGUUUCGCGCCAGGGUGCUUCAGAGAUCAUGUACGCCCCAAGGUCCAGGGACAGGUUUACCACCCCGUCUUUUAUGCAGCGGGACCGUUUCAGUCGCUUCCAGCCCACUUACCCUUACAUGCAGCAUGAGAUUGACCUUCCUCCGACCAUCUCCCUCUCGGACGGCGAGGAGCCGCCGCCGUACCAGGGCCCGUGCACCCUGCAGCUCCGGGACCCCGAGCAGCAGAUGGAGCUCAACCGGGAAUCCGUCAGGGCGCCGCCCAACCGAACCAUUUUUGAUAGCGACUUGAUAGACAUCUCCAUGUACAAUGGGGGUCCCUGCCCACCCAGCAGCAACUCGGGCAUAAGUGCAACCAACUAUAGCAGUAAUGGAAGGAUGGAAGGACCACCCCCGACGUACAGCGAGGUCAUGGGGCAUUACCCAGGCUCCUCUUUUUUCCAUCACCAGCACAGCAACAUGCCUCCUUCCUCGCAGAGGGGGAGCAGACUUCAGUUUCAGCAGAACAAUUCAGAGAGCACAAUAGUCCCCAGCAAGGGCCAGGACCGGAAGGCAGGAAACCUGGUCUAAGUUACCUGCGCAGGUGCGUUGGGACUGAAGACGGGAGAGCCAAGCAGGGCGGUGGAGGAAGAGCCCCGUGCUCCGGUGCACAGUGUUGUUACGCUUCACGUGGUACAACUGAGUAAAACCAAACGUGCAAACCAGUUCUUUGUUUCUGAUUCCUUUCAGGGGAAUUGCAUGCAAAGCAGAUUGAAAGAAAUACAAACUUCCAUUCAGUUUGUCUAUGAGCAGUGUUUCAGGGGAAAGGGGGGGGAUAUAUUAUUUUUUUUUAAUAAACUAUUUCAAUUAUUUAAUUCUAAAAGUUAACUUAGCACAGAAAUGAGGCUUGUACAGCCUGUUUUAUACUCACUGAAUGGCAGAAGGAAGAAGGUGGUUUUGCUAGAUAAAUGGGGGAAGAAUUGGCCAGUUUGCUUUUUUUUUUCUCCCAGGGUGUGAAUUUUUUUUUAAUAUGAAACAAAAUUCCUGUUCUGUGUGCCAAGGUAUAAAGUUGAGAACUUAGAUGAAUGCAAGGAAUUGUGUUGUGAUAAAUGUGUUUUUAAAAGUUGCACUAUCUUACUGUUUUAAAAAAAAUAUAUAUGAGGGAACUGUUUUAUGUGAAGUUCUUCUAUAUGUUGUUGUUUCACCUGUGGAAUAAUGAUAGAGCCCUAGAAGUAAUCUGGAGGAGUUUGUCCCCUCCCCCCACGUUUGCUAAAAGAUGGGGACAGGACUUAGCCUAACAUCUCUUGACUUAUACAAUUCAAAAAAUACAGGGACACUUGUCUUUGCAAUAAUUUGCAUUCAAAUAACAGUGUAUCAAUGAAGUGUCUUGGAGACUUUUGGAUGGAAGAAGGCAAAUGUGAAAUCCCAGCAUUUUCCAUCACUUAAGGUUUAGCUGUUUUGCAGUGUAGACUAUUUCUUUCAUAAAUGGCAAAACUACAAUUCCCAGAUGCGUUGAUUUGUAUUGAUUCUAAGUGCUGCCAUUCUUUUCCUUUUCAUAAUGCAGUAUCACCAGUACUUACUGCUCUAGAGAUUUUUGUCCUCACUGUAGCCUGAAAUGUAUCUAGUCACAUAUCAUGACAUUAUGCAAUAAAUCGUUUGAAAAUGCAGGGUGGGAUUUUUUUCCCCUGCUCUGCUGUUCAAGUACGUGAGGCUGUUGUGGUUUUCGCUCUCCAUUUCAUCCUUUCAGAUGCUGAUGUUCGGUCCUGGAGGUCCGUCCUGUUGAAGUGAAGGGGGCCCUUGUGGCUAAACCCCCCCGUGGUGUUUUUGCAGCAGUACCAAGAGCGCUCGUGGCAGUGGUGCCAGCUCCUGUCGCAUCCCUGGCAGGGUCGUGGGUGCACCAGGAAUUCUCCCUGCAAACCAUUUUGCUCUGGGCCCUGUUGCAGAAACCCUUCUGGGUGCAUGAUGUCUGCCUGAUGCCAGCAGGACUGUGCUCAUGGGUAAAGGUGACUCGUGUUCACCAAGUGUCUGUAAGCCCUGAUUUUUGCUAUACUGGCCUGGAGAGUAGUUGGGAAGUGUUACCUGCCUGUGUUGUGGCAUGUGGGCUGUUUCUCCACAGGCUUUUCCCGUGUGGAAGCACGCACAGUGCUGGAACUCGGUUGACAAAAGGUGAUAGUGGCAUCACAAGCACAUGAAAAAGCACAAAUUGCACUUAAAAUGCAUUUUGGAAAUGGACUUAAAAGUAAGAAUCUUUAGAGUCUUAGCUUGAAUAGUUUCUAAUAUAUAGGUGUAUGAGUGUGUCAUAGACCUCUUCACUUUAAGAUCUUUCACUUUUUUCUGUUUCCCUGAGCCUUGUGCUUGGUUGCGGGCAGCAGCCGCUGAGUGCCCCAAGGGCACCGAUGCCCUGGUCCCACGGCUGGAGGCUGGAUUUCUGCAGGACUUCUGUACACGAGGGACUCUGAUGACUGAAGUGCAUCUUUGAUCUAUGCAGAGUUUUAAUGCCAAAACAGUGUGUGUGUGCGUCUGUGUGUGUGUGUGUGUCUUUUGGGCCUCAGUGUAGAUUUGUUUUCUUCAUAAGUUAAUUUGAUUUUAUUCUAGUUUAGAAAACAUUUGUAUAACUGUUAGUCUGAAUACACAGCCCCAUUUGUCUCUGUAAUUGUUAUUUUGGUCUGAGUCAUGCUGGUAAUGCAGAGUAAAACUGCCUUUUUUCGUAUGUAUUAAUUGAAGGGAGAGAGAGAGAUUGUAUGGUGGGGUUCACUUUUUUUUUUUCCUCUCAGACCCGCAGGACAGAUGUUUAGAAGAUGACUAGGUGGCUUUCAGUCAGCUGGGACUCUCAUCACUGUCUGAUUCCUGGGAAUAAAAGUUGUGAAAUUAGAUUUUUGCAAAGAACCUACGAGCAUAAUUCUUAGUUAAAAACAACAAACAAACAAACAAAACUGAACCAGAGGACAAAGCCAGCAGAUGUUGGUUUUGGUCUUCAGUGACUUCUGUCACUUGAUGAGUGAGCCUUUAAGCCAGAGAAUGUGUGUGCCUACACAGUUACUGUGCUGUUGCCUAAACGAGGAUUGUUUAGCUGAGAAGCCUUCAGGUGAGAACAGCUGGAACUCAGUUGUCAUGGCAGAGCACACCUGGACUGGGCCCUGGGCUUGGGCGGGUUGAAGACUGACUUUCCCCAUUUACAGAUCUCAGCAAAGUGAGCCUUGAAGUUGCCUUCAAAGUCGCCUCUUGGGAACUUU